AUGGUGUACCUCAAGCUUUUUCGGCACCUGGAGGACUUCGUUGAUUUCUCAGAAAGCGUGAAAGCUGGCGAGGAGGAGGAGGAGGAAGGGGAGGAAGAGGAGAGCAUUUCACUGAGAGUGGUUCUGGUUGGUCGUCAAGGCGCUGUGAGUUGCAGGAAGGGAGUGUAUUGCGGUCAGGCCUUGACCUCGUUCAUCGUCAAGACGAGCAAGUUUAACAAGGUGGUUCGGAGCUUCUCAGCUUCUCUACCAGCUCAACUACCCGCGAGUCAGAGCCUGAGGCUGUACGUCCCAUGCUUCGACAUGCCUGAGCGAGGAGCCCAGCACGUCCAUGGACCCCUCGAGCUUCGCCACGUCAUCAAGGUGAACGCCAUUGACAUCGCAGCCUCCUCCUCCUUCUUCGACGCCUGUCUGGUCGAUGGCGAUGUUUUGCUUCACCUGCUCGACGCGGGAGACGCUCCCUACGAGUACCUCGCGCUCGCUAGGGGGGGCGGGGAGGAUGGCUGGGAGGAUUUCGUGACCCCCGCCCACAACGUCUCCCUCAACGUCCCGGGCACCAUGGACUUCAGCAUCGACCUCGAGGUUUCCUCCUGCGACCUUGUCGAUGACCUCCGACUGAAGGCCGUCAGUCAUCCCCGCUGGCUCCUCCAGCUCGGCCUCGUCAGCCGAGUACGAGGAGCAGAGGAAGAGCUGAGAGGAGGGCGGCGGGACGGAGAGGACAGACCCUGGGGGCCCAUGUACAUAGAGGGGUUUCCUGUCUCGGAGCAUCAGCCGGUGUUUCGGACUGGAUUGAUGGGAGGAGGGAGGAGGAGAGGGGCAGCAGUCUUCGUAGACACUCUCAACGACUCGGUGCUGAGAGGCUUCUCGUUGCCUGCUUACGUCACGCCUCUCCUUCCUCGAGGUUUCGACGAUCGCCUCGCCUCCACCUCCGAGUUCUGCGUGCGCACCACCGAGCUCCGGGCAAGAGCAGCGGAUCGACAUCCUUCCCUGGAGCUGCUGAGAAGGGACGUGCCUCCUGAUGGUCUGACGUUCGAGGAGUGGAAGGACGUGGAGAUGGAAGCAGCGAGGGAGCGCAGCUUGCUUGCUCCGGCAUGCCUCACGGCCUUGAAUCCGUUCUUGGAGGGCGACAGCGUGCGGCAGAUGGAGUUCUGUCCCUGGGAACCUGGAGUCGUCCUGCUGGGAUCCUGCGAGGGUCGCCUUGCGCUGUGUCACGACAUGCACAGAUCGUCACACAUCUUGAGAGAAAAAAGGGCGAAGGAGGAGGAGGAGGAGGAGGAGGAGGAGCACAGACAGGAGAAGCAGCAGGAGCAGGAGCACGGGUCAUCACUCACGUGGUCGAGGUUCAAUCCGAGGUCUGCUCCUGCGCCAACGCCAAACAAGGGCCCUCUGUCCGCAUGGUGGUGA